AUAUAAGUUCAGAACAAGUUUGAUAUCUUGAGUGAACUCACACGAGGCAGACAGAUUGGCGACAGCAUACUCUGCAAUUUAUCGAACGACAUACAGUUACUCUGAAAGAGUUUUAUCAGGAUUCUGUGACGGUGUUUUCAGUUUAUUUAUGUGAUUUUCAGGACAACCUUCUGCACUCUCGUUUUUCCAGAACGGGCCGAAAAUGCGCAAACUGUGCCUCUUCCUGGUCGUUACCAAUUCGUUAUCGGCGGUAUUGUCCUGCGGCGGAAGGACGAUUCUCCACGCUGGAAUCACCCAGUAUGACAAAACCAUAAUCCUGGACGCCCACAACCGCGCCCGCCAGCUGGUGGCUCUGGGGCAGGUGGCCAACCAGCCCCCGGCCCAAAACAUGGCAAAAAUGAUUUGGAGCGAAGAACUGGCCGCCAAAGCCCAAGAAUGGGCCAUGCAGUGUUCCUCGUACGUGCACGACCCCAACCGGCACCGGGGCCGGCACUACGUGGGCCAGAACAUCGCCACAAAGUGGUCAACUCGAGCCCCCGAAAACUAUUACGAGUCGCAGGCCGACUGGACCGGGGAGGCAAUUUCGAAAUGGUUCGACGAGAAUCGGUUUUAUAAUUUUAAUGGAUUCAGAGGUGGGAAGACGGCUCAUUAUACACAGAUGGUUUGGGCGGAAACUGCGGCUGUGGGCUGCGGUUUUGUGUAUUAUUUGGACGGCAAAAGGUACACGAAAAAGUACGUCUGUAAUUACGGCCCUAGCGGAAAUGUGCAAGGUGAGGUGCCGUACGAGAAAGGCUAUCCGAGUUGUAGCAGCCACGGAUUAAUUGAAUCCAGGAGCUAUCCCGGACUUUGUGAAAAAUUCGGCAUCGACGAUGGUAGUCACCACUACGACAAUAAUUUCGUCUACGAGUAUUACACAUAUGUGGGCUAAUAGCUACGACAAUUUAGUGAAAUUAAUUUACUUUGUCAAUUUUAUGUUUCAAGUACAAAUAAAUUAUUGUUUCAAAUGGAA